UAUUAUAUUUUGUAAAAGGUUUUUUUAUUUUAUUUGUGUGUACAGUUUAUGCCGGAGAAAUAGUCGGUACGGCAAAAGACACAAUCUGUCUGUGUCUGACUCUUUUUCUUCUGUCUACUCGCUAUUAAAUUGUCUUUGGUGUAACAAAGACAGAUAAUAUUCUUAUUUCACUUUUAUUUUUAUACUCGUUUAUAUAAACACAAUAAAAUAUGAAUAUAUAUUUCAUAUAGAUCUUAGAAAUUUUUUAUCACUUUUUUUUUUUGACACUUUUUCAAGGUCAAAAUUUUUUAAAAUUUUAUUGUAGUGAAAUAAAAAAAAAAUUAGUUUUAUUUUUUGCAGGAAAGUAAAAUUUUGAAAAUUUGAAUUUUUUAUAAAAAAUUCAAAUUUGAAAUUUGAAAUUAAAAAUUAAAAAUUUUUGAUUAGUAAUAAAUAUUUUGAAAUAAAUUUUUAUAAAAAUUGCAAUUUUUUUUUUUUAUUUUUAUCACAAAAAAAUACUAAAUGAUAAAAAUUUGUAAUAAUGUAAUAAGUGAAGUCGCCACGUUACAGUAAAUACGUGUCGUGUGUGUUUUAAAAUAACUUUGAACGUGUAAAGUGCCGCAGUUUAAAUAAAACAUUAACUUCAAAGCAAUAGCAGUUUCAUAAUGUCUCUUUAAUCAUCAAGAGUAAGAGUAAGAAAAAGGAUUUAAAAAAAAAAAAAUAAUGCAACCAGAGACAAUGUUGAAUUUACGGUGGGAUAUUUUUGCAUCUCACUUGUCUUCAACUUUAGAUUAUUGUUACGAAAAACAACAUUUCGUAGACUUAUCACUGGGAUUGUGUGCAAUGGAACAAGUAAAUUCAUUUUCUGAUGAUAAAAUAAAGGUUUUGGAAAAUUUGUCCCUGGAUAAAAAUGUUACGGAAGAGGAAUUUUCAAAUUUUAUGCAACGUGUUACUGAAGUCGAGAAAAUUGUGAAGAAAUUAAAUUCGAAUGACUGCAAGGAUCAAGAGGAAGGAAAAAUUUUAGCGGAUUACAUUUUAGAGGGAAAUAAAAAUUUUGAUAGCAAAGAUGCCGAUGGUUUGAAAAUAAAAACAAACAGAACAGUGAUAAAUAAAAGUUUAAAAAAUGAAACCGACGGAAAUGAAAUGCCUAGAAAAGCUUUUAUGAAAACAAUGGAAGCGGAUGCGAGAAAACGUUCAGAGGAUCGGAAAGUUCGUAAUGAGCGGGCAGAUACGUUUAAAAGAAUAGGAAACGGCGCAUUCGGAGUCGGAGAUUUUGAAAAAGCGGUGACUUAUUAUGGGAAAGCUAUUGAGCAGCGUAAAGACAGCGCUGUUAUAUGGAACAAUCGCGCGCUUUCUUACAUCAGACUCGGGUUGUAUGAAAAAGCUCUGCAGGACUGCGAGUGGGCUCUGAAGGUCAAUGACUCGAAUAUAAAAGCUCUUUUGAAUAGCGCCAAGUGCUAUGCUUACUUAGGAAACAACAAAAAACGCGAUGAGUUCAUUCAACUUGCGAAAGAACGUGUUCCCAAAUUUUCAAAUUACAUCAAAGAUUUUGAAAAGGCAUUGAAAGAGAAUCCUAAUGAUGAAGAAAUUAUUUAAUUAUUACAAUUAAUUAACAGUGAAAAUAAUUAUUUUAAAAAAUUACCAAUUAUUAUAAAUAUAAUUCUUCAAUAAAUUUGUCACGACU